CCAACAGAUUCAUCGCAUAAUCAGAGCCAAGUUCCAACAUACAUUUACCAUCAAUCGGGAGAUAAUUCGUCGAUUUUUACGACGUAAUUAAUUGGAAUUAAGUGUGAAACAUUGUGAUAAACUUCCUCUAGUUUUAGUUAAUCUAGUUCAAUUUUAAUAAAUUCACAAUGUUCAUCUUGGACUGGUUCACUGGUGUCCUCGGCUUUUUGGGGCUAUGGAAGAAGUCUGGCAAGCUGUUGUUCCUGGGACUGGACAACGCGGGCAAGACCACGCUCUUGCACAUGCUGAAGGACGACAGACUCGCGCAGCAUGUACCCACACUGCAUCCCACAUCAGAGGAGCUGUCGAUAGGCAGCAUGCGGUUCACGACGUUCGACCUGGGCGGGCACGCGCAGGCGCGGCGCGUGUGGCGCGACUACUUCCCGGCCGUGGACGCCAUCGUGUUCCUCGUGGACGCCUGCGACCGCGCCAGGCUGCCCGAGUCCAAGGCUGAAUUGGACUCUUUGCUGACGGACGAGACGCUGAGCAACUGCCCGGUGCUGAUCCUCGGCAACAAGAUCGACAAGCCCGGCGCCGCCAGCGAGGACGAGCUCCGGCAGUUCUUCAACCUGUACCAGCAGACCACGGGCAAGGGCAAGGUGUCGCGGUCGGAGCUGCCGGGGCGGCCGCUGGAGCUGUUCAUGUGCUCGGUGCUGAAGCGCCAGGGCUACGGCGAGGGCUUCCGCUGGCUCGCGCAGUACAUCGACUGAACACUGCCUCGCACCGCUCUCCCUCCCGGACUCUUCGGACUGGCUGCUCUAACUUGAACUCGCUAUUCGUUUAUGUCGGGCAUAAAGAAAUAAUCUAAUGAUCAGCUUGGGAUUCUUGAAGACAAUGUCCCAUCGCAUCAAAGACCUAAUUACAAUUAAGAAUAAGGUCUAGAAACCAAAUUAUAAAACCUCUUGUCGACCACCAAAAGAACAACUAUGAUGAAGAGACCAUGAGUUAAAUUGUGAUAGGUAAAGCUCUUUAUGCCUGAUCUAUAAUUAUUACAAUUUACAAAUCUGUAAUCUAGUAGGAUUGUGGUGGAAACUUAUUCGAGUUAAAGAAAUCUAUAUAGCCAAUUUCAAUUGAAAAAGUUUUUAAAAAUAAUUAAAAAGAGACCAUCAAUACUAAAAACUCUAGUUUUUACUAGAGUUAAAAGAGGUUGCCACCAAAAUGCUACAAGAUUACCGAUUUAUAAUCGCUGUGGAAUCUCCACAAUGUAAACGCAUUCGAUCGCACGGUAACACAAUUUUUUACUAUAAAAUGUUGCAGUGCGUUUGAAUUUGAUCAGUUCCACUUUCGGCAGCCAGUGACCGCUCGCUUGCGCAUUUACGUGUCUUAACUAUUCAGUUAGUAAAUUAAUUUAAACAUCAAAUUAGAACAUCUAAAAGUAUUUUUACAUAUUCUUGGCGAAUAUAUUGCAUAUUUGUCACGAAUCGCAAGCCCCGUAUGAGUGUAAGUGUCUGUGGUGGACUGUUGUCUCUGCCAUGAGACGUCGCGGCUGGGAAUGUUCUGGGGGUGACUCGCCCUCUCACUGGCAAUGCGUAUACCUAAUACUUUAUUGUACAAGUAUACAUGGUUUGACAUUUCAUUAUGAUGAAAUAUUUUAGAUACCUAAAUAUUAGACAUUCUAAUUGACAUAUUAUUUUAAUCUGAUAAACUAUAGCAGAAAGUACAAAGCUUGUUAUUUAUCACGUACGUAUCACGCACUGCGAGUGGGAGAGGUGCUUAGCAUAUGUAUUGCACACUGUUCUGAACUGUCUCCAGGCUCAGCUUAUUAUAUAAGUUAUUUCGUUCCGCUGAAAAACUAAGCAAGUCUAAAAAAUAUGCUAUAAUAUUGUUUAGGGUUGCAAGAUGAAUAAUGUGUCUAUUUAAAUAAUUAUUAAGGUACAUCGCGUUUUAAGUUGAUAUUAUCGUUUUCGAUGAAACCAUUGUGAGCGUCGGCAAAUCUCUGCAUAAAUUAUUAUUUUUCACACAUUUACUUCUAAUUAUAAUCUAAUGUAUUUAUUUUGUUAUUCUCAUUCCAACAUGGCGUCGAAUUACAAUGUGGACUUGUAUUUAUGCUAUUUUCAUUGUGUUGUACAUUUCUAAAGUGAGGAUUGUUAUAUUUUUGUAUGUUAUUUCAAUACUUGGUGUGCACCGUGCGUGCAGCCGUGCGGCGGAACGGCGCGUCCGCGGCGCGCGUAUUAUGAUGAAUUUAAGUAUUUCCCUCCAGUGUCAAGUUAAUGUAUAUUGUGAAUCUUCCAUUUACAACUAUCGAUGGAUUAUCGAAACUUACUGGAUCGGCGCGAGUCGCCUGUGUGCGACUAAUCACAUUCAUUUACUUUUAUUUUACUUGAAAGCACAAAGCUGAUUCAGUAGAAACAAUGUUAUCCCCGAACAGUUUAUUGUGGAAGUACUUGUUUGAUUCGAAGUAUAAGUAGUUAUUGAGCCAAGAAGCUUAUCGUAUACUUAUCUUUGAUAUCCUCAAGAGCUCUUGAACCUUGUUAUACAACAUUUCAUUGUUAAAGUCUGCUGAUAUCCACUAUUUUAUCCGUUGUUGUGAAGUGGCGAUGCUAUAAGCUUGUUGGUGGGCGGUGGCGCGACGGGGCGAGCCGUUUCCGGAAUAAGUUGUGAUCAACGCGGCUGGUCUCCAGCUGUACUUAGACAAUCUUUUCGGUAUAUUAUUUGCAGUAAGUAAAAAAAAAAACAAAGUUUGUAAUAAAAUUUAUACAAAAUA